AUGUCUUCAACAGAUGGUUCCAUAAGUGUAUUGAAAAACAUGGAGGACUCGCUGGGUGCUUCCGUCUCGAGCUCACACCUCUCAGAAUCUGACUCGGAUACUCAAAUGUCUAAUGCAGACAGUGCUAGUAAAAUGUUCCCCGAAUCUCAUCAGUCUCAUAAUACUCAAGCAGGGUUUUCACACGAGCAUAAUAUGACUGGAAACCAUGGCUACAUGUCUCAGUAUGGAAUGAACCAUGACAAUCACUUUUACAAGGACAGUGCUUCUCAGUUGUGCCAAAGUCAAACCGAUAAUCAAAAACAGUACCAGUGUGUUCCUGGACCUCCGUUUAGUGAAAAACACGAACCAUUGCCCCCAUAUCACUGCUAUGGGGCCAACCAGAGCCCUAGUAUUCUUCCCCGUGAACCGAGCUACCAUACUCAAGAAGAAAAUUCUAAUUUUCCUCCAACAACAGUUGAUCCAUUGAUUAACUAUGAUGAAAACUCUGUUAUGUCAGACUCUAGUCAGUUGCCCUCUGUAGCAAGGUGUGAUUCUGAACCCAAUCUGCUAGCAUCUCUAGGCACUAGUAUGGUCACCUGUAAGAAUGGUGCAAUGCAGCCCAUGGCGUCCAUGCCUCACCAGGACCAAUGUGGUAUUGCAGACGAGGGUCAGUGGGAUUUUCUGCACUCUAAACAAUACAUCGAGAACAUUUAUGGGAGCCAAAUUAGCUGUGCAUCGGUUAAGAGUGAAUCAGAUGAACUUCGCGAGUCAGAUUCACCCAAGACUUUUAUUGACCUGGAUAAGACAACAAAGGAGAAGAAGGCGCAGGAACAUUGCAAGGAUAAUAUGCGAGACGGAUCGAAACCAUAUGGGAAAGGUAUUAUGCGUCAGGGCAGUCCUUUAGUGCAUAGAAGUAGUAACCAGGGAAAUAGUUACGGGAACCAAAUGUUUGACAACUAUAACCAUAUGGCUGGAAACCGGUGGGGGAAUUUUAAUCGAGCAAGUGAUGGGAACAUGGGGGGCCAACCAAUGAGGCCAGGGGACCCAAACUAUCAGAACCAGUCGUACGAUCAGUACAGGGGUAAUUUUCCGCCAAACUACCCAAAUAUGGGUCCAAACCAAAAUGGAAAUGAGAAAUCCUUUAAUCAAUCGAGUUACCAUGGCAAUGAGUAUAAUCAAAGUGACUAUUACAAUCCAAGCCAUUCAAAGAAUUUACCAGGAAACCACGGUAGCUAUGGAAACCAAAGAUUUGAAAAUGGGUUUUAUCCAAAUAGAGGUGGCAGUGAAUUCAAUACUCAAGGGAACAUGUUUCCUCCUUCACCAGUGGAACAGCAAGGUUCAAGAUAUCCUAGUCAGGGUUAUAAUGGAGGUCAGGGAAAUUACAGCCAGCAUUAUUCACAACAGUCAGGACACUGUCCACCAGAUAGCCUGAACCAGUAUGGGGAGAUGCCAAACUACAUCCCUAGAAACGCUAGUCCGGCAAGCACCGGUUCAGACUUUGGUAGCAUGGACGCUCCAGGGGUGGUCCCAAAGAAAAAGCGAGGCCGUAAGCGAAAGGUUGACAAAGAGCCUCCAGAUGAAAACAAGCCUAGACCAAAUACUGUUGUCAUGGCCUCAACAAAGCUCGGUCCCUUGAUUGAUAUCGAUAACCCAGAGGCCACCAUCGAUACCUAUGACUUUGACAAUCAGAUCGAGACCAUAUUUAACUUCACCAUUGAGGAUGACCUGUCCCCUAUAGGUGCCCAGUUUCUGCAGAUAGAACAGCGACUGGUUCAAAAGAUGUUGCCAAUCAAAUACGGGUACCCUGUGACUGUCAUCUAUAGUCCUCUCACGUACGCUUUCCAGACGCAUAGAGACUUUGUAUCAAAGUACUGCACUACUGAAAGGACCCUUCUCUUUCUUGGAAUGAACCCUGGACCUUAUGGCGCGUCACAGAAUGGGGUUCCAUUUGGAGAAGCAGUGGUCACCAGAGAGUGGUUGAAAAUCGUGGGGGACGUAUACAAACCAGAGGUAGAGCAUCCAAAGAAGCCUGUGACGGGUCUGGCAUGUAAUCGAAAUGAGGUAAGCGGAGCACGGUUCUGGGGCUUGUUUCAAACAGUGUGCAAAGUCCCAGAAAACUUCUUUAAGAACGCUUUUGUGUACAAUUUCUGCCCUCUGGCCUACAUGUCAGAGUCAGGCAAGAACGUUACACCGCCACAGCUGGUACACUCCGAGCUCGAUCAGAUCAACGAGUGCUGUGAUGUGGCGCUAGUUGAACUCGUGAAGUUAAUGAAUGUCCGCACCAUCGUGGCCGUGGGUAAGUUUGUCCAACAGCGCGCGUCCAAGGCCAUCCACAAUGCUGGGGUUGGGAAUGUGAAGGUCGAGUGCAUUCUCCAUCCAAGUCCCAUCAAUCCGCAUGCAAACAAAGGAUGGGAGCAGAUAGUUGCUAAGCAACUAGUGGAGAUGAAUGUGAUGCAUUACUUGAACCCAGAUUCAGAUGAGGUGCAGAGAUGUAUAGAGGAAUGGGAGAGAAUAGCACUGAGCAAUGUAAAACUGCCGCCAGUGGACAAAUCAGAUUACUAGACCGGGCAGUUGAUGGGCUUGGUCUCACCUUGGACUGCAGAAGGCAAUACUCUUGUUCACUUAUGGGUAGCAGUUUUUCUGUUAACAAGUUUGUGUUAAGUGACUUGUUCAAAAUAUGGGCCAUAUUAUAUGUAUAGUACCAAGUGUAUGUUUUGUAGUUUUCGUCUGCUACAUUGUAGAGACCUUUCAUUGUUUAUUUGCUGGUAUCAUUAUAGAGUUGUGCAUGUUUUUAACAUAAUAUACAAACUAAUUAUUUUACUUUACGUUCUUAAUGUUAGGUAUGAAUAAAUAAUUGUAGCUAAUUUUUGUAUUAGCAUUAUUGAACUGUUAUUUUUAUACUUUCAUU